CUUCAUGUCGUAGAGUAUGUAAUAAUCAUUUAUAAGAUUUAUUGAACAUCUAGAACAAAAAGUAGAACAAACGAACUGGCCAAAGAAAAACAAUGUACAUGCAACGCAGCAUAAAAACAAUUUCAAGUUACUUAAAGCCAAUUGUUGCUUCUCGAUUCUUAAGUUUGGACGCCAAAAGAGCUAAGGAACAUCAGUCCAUUGGUUUUAUUGGCCUUGGAAACAUGGGUGGACCAAUGGCAAAGAAUCUUAUGAAAAAUGGCCACAACGUAAUCGUCAAUGAUAUUGUUGAUACUGUUGUUCAAGACUUGCAAAAGGAAGGUGCAAAUGUUGCUCAUACUCCAGCUGAACUUGCGUCAAAGGUCUCUGUUAUCAUAACAAUGCUGCCGUCUAGCCCUCACGUUUCCGAAGUAUACCUCGGGCCAAAUGGGAUUAUUCAAGCUGUCCAGGAAGGUUCGUUACUGAUAGAUAGCAGUACUAUCAGUCCUUCGGUUGCAAGAGAUGUAGCUUCUGAAGCAAUUAAGAAAAAUGCAACCUAUUUAGAUGCACCUGUUUCCGGAGGCGUAAUUGCCUCGCAAAAUGGAAAAUUAUCGUUCUUGGUUGGUGGGAAUGAGGAAGGUUUUCAACGAGCAAAACCAAUAUUGGAGUGCAUGGGACAAAAUAUUUUUCAUUGCGGCGAAACUGGAAAUGGACAGGCUGCAAAAAUCUGCAACAACAUGCUACUUGCAAUAUCAAUGAUUGGAGUGUCCGAGGCAUUAAAUCUUGGUCAAAAUUUAGGACUCGAUCCUACACUACUUUCAGACGUUAUAAAUAAAAGCUCUGGAAGAUGUUGGUCAAGUGAAAUCUAUAAUCCAUGUCCGGGUGUCGUAGAAAACGUGCCCUCAAGCAAAGGAUAUCAUGGUGGUUUUAGUUCGGCUUUAAUGAAGAAGGACUUGAGUCUAGCACAAGAGGCUGCAACAAUCACAAAAUCUUUCACGCCACUUGGAUCUUUGGCUCAUCAAAUAUACUUGAUGUUGUGUAGUCGUGAGUUUGAAAGUCUAGAUUUUUCGUCAAUUUACAAGUUUAUAAGGAAAGAUAAGUAGUUGUUUGUCAAAUAAUGUGAUAUUUUCUCUCCUCCAUGGAAACGAGGUUAGUGAUUUAUUUCAAAUAAUAAUAUGAGAGCCGGAUGGAAAUUUGCAGUUUUCGAAAAGUUGCAGUCACGAGUCCAUGCUUUCUUGCGCUUUUUUCAACAUUUUAACAGUCCUGUUUUAUUUAUUUUUGAUUCUGUUGCUUUGCUGUGUUCCCUACGUACGGAUUAUGGAUUAGCCUUAAUUGGAUUUUUUUUUACAAUUUCAACGACGUAUUUUUCAUGUCUAAAACCAACCCAAUUUAUCAUUUUUGAUUCAGACUUCAAAAUUAACUGUGAAAUAAAAUGUUAUAGUUUAGUCAUUCUGCUCAGUAAUGUAACUAUGAGUAAGGUAGUUAAUUAAUGCUAAAAUAUUCACUGAAAUAAAUUUAGUAAAUAAAAUUUAAUUGUAAA